AUGAAUUGCCUUCAGAGUCUCCCCAGAUCCUCUGCUUUGCCUCAGAGCUUCAAAAACCAUCCGAGAAAGCCUUCGUGCUAUGUCAAUACACUGAAUUUGGUAAAUGCUACUGAUCGGAGUCAGAGACUUACCAUGACGGCAGUAUCUGGUUCUACAUCCAGUACUGAUAUGGAUGGUGCCAAAGUAAAGGAGGAAAAAUCGGAAAUAUACAGUCAUGACAUGACUCAAGCUAUGGGUGCUGGGCUUCAAAUUUACACCACCCACAUAAAACUAACUGCCCCAGACCUGCAUGAACUUGGAAUGAACUACAACUUCAUUCGUUCAGACUUGAUUGUUGGAUCAUGUCUGCAGACUCCUGGGGAUGUCGACAAACUUCGCAGUGUUGGGGUGAAAACUAUUUUUUGCUUGCAACAAGAUUCAGAUCUUGAAUAUUUUGGGGUCGAUAUCAGUGCCAUUCGUGAGUAUGCAAAUACAUGUGAUGACAUUGAGCAUUUGCGUGCUGAAAUUAGGGAUUUUGAUGCAUUCGAUUUGCGGAUGCGGCUUCCAGCUGUGGUGAGCAAAUUACACAAGGCCAUUAAUCGAAAUGGGGGUGUAACUUAUGUACAUUGCACGGCUGGACUAGGUAGAGCUCCGGCAGCUGCGGGCCCACCUUUACCUAUAAUUGCAGCUGAUGGUGCUUUAUUAGAUGAACUGGCUUUGGCAUAUAUGUUCUGGGUUCAAGGCUACAAGCUUAGUGAAGCCCAGAGGUUAAUUCUGAGCAAGCGUCCGAGCUUCCCAAAACUGGAUGCCAUAAAAAGUGCAACUGCUGACAUU